ACCAAUGGGGAGGUCCCCCGGUUUGUGAUAAAAAUGUGGACAAUAACACUGUCGCUAAUUCUGACAGCAUAAAUGGCUGCUUAACGAGUCAAAACGAAUCGAAUGAACAGGUUUUAGAGAACACUGACAAACCAAUGUCAACAGUUAUAAGUGUUGGCAAUUCUGAAUUUUAUCGCCAGGAAGAAAAUCGUCUAUGCGGAUGGCUAAUCAAAGUCGGGGCCAUUGGGUUUAUGAAAACAAAUAAGUUACUCUGGUUUGUCUAUGGGGACGAUACAUGUAAGCUUUAUUACUACAGAAAUCCCCAAGAUCUGUUACCUCUGGGGGAGAUUGAUAUUUCCAAUGCUUACUUCAACUUUGAUGCAAGUGUUGAUAAGCCAGGACUGUUUGAAAUUAGGUCAGAUGGCAAAGUUCAUUUGCUGGAUGCUCAAGAAAGAUCCAAGAUGAUAUACUGGUUACAAGAACUCCAGAAAAAGCGCAGAGAAUUUAGCCAAAAGAGGACCUCUUUGUCAUCUGAAAGAGUACAGUGGAUUGCCAAAAAGCAGCAAAGGGCAAGUGGGCUAGUUGGUGCAGAUGCUGCUAAACCAGGAAAAGAUUAUUCAGAGCAGAAAGUUGGUGAUUUAAUGCCUGAUUUGUGUGUUCCCGUUCCCAUGAACCAAAGUCUUCCGAGUGAAGCGUACAACCAGAAAACAAAUUACUGGUCGUUACAGAGUCUAAAUUUAACCAAAGAAAUCAGAAAUGCAGUUUCAAGCAUCAAAUCUCAGUUUUCUCAGUCUGACAAAGCUUUACACCCACAAGCCGCUGCAGCCCAAGUGGAAGAGAUGACAGAAGACUGGACUAUUUUAGACCCAUAUUCCUCCCUAACAGCAGACAGCCAGCAAGAGUUACCUCCCUCUAGUAACACAGAGCAGACGGACCCCACUGAGCCCUCGUCUCCUGUGGGUAAAACUAAUCAAGGAAAGUUUCUGACAAACUUGAAGAAAAUCAAAUUUGGGAAACGUAGUCAGAGCGAUGGAAGUGUGAAGAAUGGUGUUCGGUCAAGUAGUCCAACGGCCUCAUUAACUGUGAUGUGUUCCAGGUGCAGAAAUUUUGAAGCUGAAGCACUAUCUUUGAAGGAAGAUCUGGCUUCAACAGACAAUGAACUGAGUGCCAACCGACAAAUUGUUAAACUCUUGCAAAAGGAGAUCAACACUUUGAAGAAACAAAUUCAAACACAACGAGAAGCCGUUGGGGCAGAUGCAGCUACUUUCCAUGAGAUGUUACGUCAGCGUGACAAACUAAUUAUUGAGCUACAAUCCUGUCUGUCCGUCAUACACGAGGACAAGAACAUGCUGUCACAACAAUCUAGUAUUCAGCAAACUGAAGUGCAGUCGUUAAAGGAACAAGUAAUCAUGUACCAAGAGAUGUUAGGUGCCAAAGACGAAGUCAUUAUGCAGCUGACACACCAAGUAUUUGAACAUGACAAUGCAAAGAGUUCGGACAAGGGAAGUAAUUCUAAUCCUACAGAAGCUAUAUUUGAAAGACCGUCUAUUAUUGUGACCAAUACCAAAGAGACUGAAGCACUGAAGGAUGCAUGUCAAGCAUAUGAACUACAGAAUAAAUUUCUAACCAAAGAAAUCUUGGAACUGAAUCAAUUGCGACAGCACGAUGAAGCAAGAGAAAAAAUAUUACUCAUAAACUAUGCACAUCUUGAAGCAGAGUUCUACAAGACUCGCAGCCGAUACCUGUUUUUGCUCAAAGAAAUCCAGAUGCCCGUAAGAGGAGGAGAUGAAGACAAGUCCCAGGAUGUCAUCAGUCAGCUCCUGCAGGAGGCACUCGACUCGGAGACCCAGUCCGGGCCAGACAACAAACACUUCAUGUUGUCAAGCAGCGGUCAGGAGUGUGACAGGUACGGUUUCUAUAAAGUGGACGAUGUGGAGGAUGACGUUCUCACAGCUCGAGCACAACAGUUAGAGAAAGAGUCGACAGAAAUCACCAACAAACUCAAGGAUUCAGAUGAAACUGCCUCGCACCAUGUUAAAUGGGAGAACUUCUUGGUGGGUCAGCCUGGGAAAACUUUGACCAGGUCGCAGGAGUUGAAAUUACUUGUUCGGUCAGGAGUACCCCAUGAGUACCGCGAACAAAUAUGGAAAGGAUGUAUCGAGAUGUAUGUUGGCGAAGUCCGGGACAAGCUUGGUCCCCACUACUACAAGUCGCUGGUUGAGAGAGCUAAACACAGCACUGGAAAAUCAAACCCAGCUGCCAAACAGAUUGAACUUGAUUUGUUGCGAACGCUACCACACAACCGACACUUCAUUUCGCUGGAAGCAGAUGGAGUAAAGAAACUACGACAGAUUCUUCUGGCAUACAGUGCACACAAUCCAGUCAUUGGUUAUUGUCAGGGUUUGAACCGACUUGCUGCCAUAGCUCUGUUGUUCCUGUGUGAGGAGGAAGCGUUCUGGUGUCUGGUUGCCAUUGUGGAGCACAUCUUGCCCCAAGACUACUUCACAAAGACGCUGGCAGCGGCACAGUCAGACCAGAGAGUCUUGAAAGAUCUGGUACUGGAGAAACUGCCAAAACUGUAUGCCCACUUGGAGAAUAAUGAUGUUGACCUGUCACUCUUCACCUUCAACUGGUUCCUGACAAUAUUUGUUGAUGGAGUGCCACCCGAAACAUUCCUCAGAGUCUGGGAUGCGUUCUUGUUUGAAGGAAGCAAGGUGUUAUUUCGAUUUGCCAUUGCCUUUCUGAAGCAUGCAGAAGAAGACAUUCUUCAACAAAAUGGAACAUUUCAAGUCAACCGAUACAUGAGGACUAUUGGUCAAAAGAUGAUCAAUUCUAAAAUCAUAGCAAGGAUUGCUUUUCAUGAUCUGAACCCUUUCCCCAUGAGAAACAUUGCCGGGAAACGACAUGCCCAUCUUCAACAAGUUAAGACUGAGCUGGAAGAGCUCGAUGCAAUCCGACAAGACUUCAAGAGUCACCGCAUCCCUGACGAUCGACUGGAGUACUACAGCGACGAUGACGACGAAUCCAAAUCCGAUAAAUCAGAAGCAGGAACAUCCUGAUGAUGUCAUAUCCUGUCACAUGCUAAUUGGACAAUUUGUGCAAGAUAAACAAAACAGAAUCAAGCAAUCAGAAACAAUUGUUUUUGUUGUGUAAAUAUUGUUUUCCUUUUUUAAAAAAUAUUUGUUUAUACAAUAGAUGUUAUUUUUUACAUUCCCUUGCAUUGAUGUCAAUCUUUGUGAAAUAUUAUUGAUUGACUACAGUGAUAUGCAUCUGUGUUUUGUAACAGUCAGUGUUUGUAUCAGUAAAAUAAUAUCGAUAUUAGUCACAUGUGAUAGUUAUGGGGUUGGUAUUGCAAUUCCUAAGCAUAGUUAGUUUUACUUAAGUCAGUAAGAAUAGUUGAAGUCUUUUUAUUAUAUAUUAUGAUGGAUAUUUCAUCACAGUCUACAAAUGGAUAUAACACCUGUUAAUACUACUGAAAGUGAACAAUGUUUUUAAAAUGUUUAGUGUUUAUAUAAACAAGUGCAAUUACUACUUUCAGAAUGGUUUUCAUACAGAUAUUUUGUUAAUAUCCUGUCAUUCCAUGGUUUGUAUUCUUGUAAAUGUAUAAAUUAAAUUAUUUAAGUCCAGAUAUUUAGUAUGGAUAUUACAAGAAUGUUUUCGUAAAUGGUUCUGUAUUUAUUAAUAAAGUGUGUGUUGUAGUGAUCCGAUGGUCAGGGUAAGCUGAUAGAAUGUUUAGCUAGAGACUGUGAAUAUCUAUAAAUUAUCAGGUUAUUGUGUUUUGUUAUCAUAUUAAUUUGGGGAUGUUUAGAUAACUGUAAUAGACAAGUUUCAGCAAGCGUGUUACUCAGUUAUUAAUUAAGGUCGCAAACCCUAGGUUCAACUCAUAAAAAUGGACACUAAGUUUGGUUAAUCUACAAAUUUGUAACACAUCUGUAUAAAGUUACAAUGAAGCGAAAAAAGAAUCAUGUGACAUUGAAACAUGUAAAUUCUUUUCAGAAAUAGACUAGAGCUUGUCUUCAUAACCAUUACUUCUCAGUGGCAUGUGUGUUUUUAGAAUUGCAGAAAAUUAAUUUUACGGUAUUUUCUCACCAGAAUGACAAGAAAAACCCAUAUGUUUGGUAUGGAAAUUAAUAACCUAAACAGUAAAAUCAUGCCAUUAAUGUCUGAUUUCAAGGCUCUGAUGGUGAAAAAAUGUGCAGUAAAGUUUAAACACUAGGGCCUGUCACUUUAAGUUGAGCCAAAUAUCAAGGUCAGACAACCAGAAAUGGUUAUGUCUACUCUUUUCGAAUAUGUUUUCUUCUUUUUAAAAAAAAGAAGAAAACAUUCGAAAAGAGUGGUGUUUUGGGGAAUGAUGAUUAUAAAAUAAAAUUGCUUUCCAUUCAGAUAUUCUUUAUAAAAAAUUUCUGAAAACUACGACUGGACAUAACCACUUCUCGUCAUCCUUCAAUAACGAUACUAAAAUAUUUUAACCUAAUUUUUAUUUAUUUUUAGUUAUCUUACACAACUAGAACCAGUGAUAUUCUAAAUUAAUCAAGUUAAUUGAGAAUACAGGAAUUAGGGUCUGCUAAUAAUACAGAAAUUGUACAAUUUAACCAUUAACAGAGUACAAGUUUAGAGUAGUAUAGAGUACAGUACAGUACAGUACAGAGUUACUUCCCUGUGGGUUUCAUAAUUCUUGGUGCUCUAAUCUAAAAAAAACUACCUCUCGAACCUGUUACUUCAUGUGGCAGGGCUUGAUUUAUCUCAGUAGAACGUUCACCUGUGAUUCUUGGGUCAAAGGAUGAAACCUCAUCAUUUUUUUUUUUUUGGUCCCAGUCAGUGCUCCACGACUGGUAUAUGAAAGGUAUACAAUGUAUCAUGUAUGUGUUGUCCAGUCUGUGGGAAAGUACAUAUAAAAGAUCCCUUAUUGCUAAUAGGAAAAUGUUGCGAGUUUUCUUUGAAGAUUACCUGUCCGAAUUACCAAAUGUUUAACAUCCAGUAGUCUAAUGGUGUCUUUUUCAAAAUAAAAGUAACAGAUGUAGUACUCCAAAACACACUGUAAAUGUUAAUUGAUUAUUAACUGAUCAUUGAUGAUGGUCAAUCACAGAAUUUCAUCCGAUUUCCAGUGCUAAUUAAAAUAUGACCUAGGUAUCAGGGUUUUGAGUGUUUCUAUGGCACUGUUAUCAUGUACAGCCAGCAUUUGCCAGUUACUAGACGUGUGAUGCUAUUCUAAGGUAAAUACACAUAUGAAUAGCUACUUGUUUCAUUUGAAUGUUGUUUUUUUAAAAACAUUAGCUUGUUCUGAAGAAAUAGGUUUUUAACAAGGUAUGCUAAUAAUCAGGCCUUCCAGCCACUUGUACAUAUUAAAAUAUAGGAAAUAUAGGAAUUUGCAUACCAAAAUAUAGGAGUUUAUAGGAAUUUUGAGGUCAAAUAUAGGAGUUUUAUAGGAACAUUUGGAUCAAUUAUCAUGAUUAUAGGCAUUUUACACGGAUUUCUAAAGACAUUUACAUUAUUAAUCAGGGCUGGCCAUAUCCUAAAUUUUUCAGCUGUCAAAUUUCACUUGCCCACAAACAAAUUAACUCGUCCCAAAAUGUAAGCAGUUUAAAUCAAAAUUAAACUGUAUGUUUCAAACAAUUUCACAUCAUACAAAGCACUUGUAAGCCUUUCACUGCUAAUAUAACUCAAUAACAUAUUUUAUUCGUCGGCAUUUUGGCAAAGCAGUUGAGUCAAAUAUAGGAAAUAUAGGAAAUGAAUCUCAAUGUAGGAGUUUUAUAGAAUCCUAUAAAAAAAUAUAGGAAGUCUGGGAGGCCUGUAAUAUUACAGGAAUUGUAUAUUUUAGUUAUAUUAAUUUAUGUGAUUCAGCAUUUAUUACUGGGAUUUUAUAUUUGAAAGGUGAUAACCAACUUUUGUCAUGCGCAGAAUGAACAAUAUAUAGUGACAUGAUAACAGUGGCAUUAUGAAUAUUAACAGGUUAGUACAACGGCUGGUAUCAGGUUAGUAAAUAUUGCCUCACUAACUGUGAUAAAAAAAAAAAAUUAACAUUGAUGUUUACUGUUUCUACAUUUAGUCUAGUCUGAAGAAACUGAAAUUUUAUUAGCAUUCAAUAUCUACAUAAUAAAUAGGCUGAUUUAAAAACUAGUUCAGUAUUAUUUUUAUUUGCUUAUUCGUUUUUACGUGUAGUGGUUUGUGUAUAAUAUAUUUUUAUGUGUCCAUAUUUAGUUGAUUGAUGGAUGGAUGGAAGGACGGGUUAAUAGAUGACAUCAGACCUCACGGUAAAACAAAAUUAAGGGGAGUGAUUACUUGCUCUCUUAACUUAGAUUAUGGAGAGCCAUCUUAGAUAUUUACAUAUUGAGCAUUGAUAUGUAAUCCUUUUGUAGUAAUUUUUUUAGUCCCGCCUUUAUGAAGUAAAAAAGGCUAGAUAUAGGGAUUACUUUUCCUACGGCAGCAUUUCAUGUUUUGAUCCAUUUCUCACAAAUUAAAAGUCCUAGAUUAAUGAAACUUGGUUUAUAGUUGCUCCUAUGAAUGUUUAUCACAACACAUUUGACAAAAAUAAAAAUUAAAUUAAAUUAAAAUUUUAAUAGAUUUGUUUGGUUUGGUUUUUUGGGGUUUUUGUUAACAUGCAUUAACAUCGAAUAGCUUUAUGGUAGGUGAGAUAUUACGUCCACAGAAUUCUUUUUUUAAUUCACAUGCUAAGGUGGGGCUAAAAGUUACUAAGAGUGUGAGGUAAUGAUACCCCUGAAUGAAUAUAAUAUUCUGUGGUCAAGGCCCUCAAAACACAUUGUACAUGGAUGUGAGAGCUACGCGUAAAUGCACUUUUCCAUUUCGUCUUAAAAAACAAAACCAUGAUGUUCAAUACUGUUGACCACACAAGGUUCAUUUGCAUGUUUGCAUGGUUUCAAGUUUAUGAUGUGUGCCUUAUAUUAUAAGUUCUAACCAGUUUAGAUUUGUUAGCAUUGAAUGCAAUUUUUGGCAGUCCCAUGGGUUGCAAACACCAAUUUUCCUUCAGGGGCCCUUAAGCAGCCCCUAGACCCCGGCCGCAGUAAGCUGUUUUGUUACAGCCCCUCUCACAUCUCUGAAUGUAGGAAAAUAGUCCCUGGGAAUUUAUUAAGGCAUAUGUGAAUGAUAUGUUAUUGAUAUUGUUAAUAAAUCAACAUACAUUUCGAAAGAUGAUUUUUUUGUUUAAAAGCAUUUAUAUCUUGAUGCUUGUGACCACUUUUUGUUCGAGAAACUAAUGGUGCACUUGAUAACUGUUUGUAAUUUGCACAAUGUCUUGUAAUUUGCACAACUGAGAUAUGAACUGAAUGAUUGUAAUAUGAAACUUUGUGUCUUGCAUUUAUAUUUAUAGGCGAUUCUAUAUAUUUUCAUAUUACUUCAAUAAAAAUAAUAAAAGAUCCAUUUUUGUCAAAGUUAAAUCAUAAAUUUAUUACUUUGUUUCAUAUGUGAAAAUAUAACUUUGGUAUUAACUAGAAUUACAUACUAUUUCACUAACAUAUCAACCUGGAAAAGGUUUCUGGUUUCUUCACACAUUUUAUUUAUGUGCUGUAUUUGUUGCCAAAAACCGAUGGCCAAUUGUAAUGUGCAAGAUGUUUUUACGAUUGCUUUGCCUUAGGACAUCUGUGUGAUUUCGACAUUUCAUCCAGCUACCCUACUUCUGGUAUAUCAUAUUGUGUGCUGUUAAAAAAAAAUGUCCAAAUGAAAGAGCAUGAUUUGGUUAAAACAUGAUUCUGAACUCUUGCCUGGUGCAGAAAUAUUAAUUUAACCAAGAGAACCGUUUUAAGUUUUUUUAUCUUUCAGUGUUUCACUUGGAAGUUUCAUUUGAUGAAUGCUUUAAAUAUGUAGCCAUUUUACAGUAUAUAUAUUUUAUAUAUUAAAAUUUAAAAAUAUAUUUCUAAGUAAAACAUACAUUGUCAUGUUUCUAAUCAAUUUAACCUAUUGUGGAAUGAUGUUCAUGUUUUUAGUUGUGAUGCCACAAUUCACACGUGAAUAUGCAAGUUUUCUGUGUUCAGAUUGGGAUUUGAACCCACAGCCAACUGAACUUUAGUCAUUAACAGAUGCAGUGCCAUAGCCCUUGCGAACACACACUGGCAUCACUGAAUUUACACCAUUAUGAAAUAAACCUGAUAUUUGUGAUUGUAAAGUAUUUGACAAAUCAUUAUGAAAUAAACCUGAUACUUGUGAUUGUAAAGUAUUUGACAAAUCAUUAUGAAAUAAACCUGAUACUUAUGAUUGUAAAGUAUUUGACAAAUCAUUAUGAUAUAAACCUGAUACUUGUAAUUGUAAAGUAUUUGACAAAUCAUUAUGAAAUAAACCUGAUACUUGUGAUUGUAAAUACUUGUGAUUGUAAAUACUUGUGAUUGUAAAGUAUUUGACAAACCAUUAUGAAAUAAACCUGAUACUUAUGAUUGUAAAGUAUUUGACAAAUCAUUAUGAAAUAAACCUGAUACUUGUGAUUGUAAAUACUUGUGAUUGUAAAGUAUUUGACAAACCAUUAUGAAAUAAACCUGAUACUUAUGAUUGUAAAGUAUUUGACAAAUCAUUAUGAAAUAAACCUGAUACUUGUGAUUGUAAAUACUUGUGAUUGUAAAGUAUUUGACAAACCAUUAUGAAAUAAACCUGAUACUUAUGAUUGUAAAGUAUUUGACAAAUCAUUAUGAAAUAAACCUGAUACUUGUGAUUGUAAAGUAUUUGACAAACCAUUAUGAAAUAAACCUGAUACUUGUGAUUGUAAAGUAUUUGACAAACCAUUAUGAAAUAAACCUGAUACUUGUGAUUGUAAAGUAUUUGACAAAUCAUUAUGAAAUAAACCUGAUACUUGUGAUUGUAAAGUAUUUGACAAAUCAUUAUGAAAUAAACCUGAUACUUAUGAUUGUAAAUACUUGUGAUUGUAAAGUAUUUGACAAAUCAUUAUGAAAUAAACCUGAUACUUAUGAU